AUGGUUGGGAUCAAGCCCACUGACCUGGCCCCCUCGGCCAGCGUCAAGUUCUUUGGUGCCGGCACGGCCGCGUGCAUCGCCGAUCUCGUCACCUUUCCCCUGGACACAGCCAAAGUCCGACUCCAGAUCCAGGGAGAGUCCAAGGCAGUGGGGGAAGCGUUGGAAGUGCGGUACCGGGGGGUGUUUGGCACCAUUGCCACGAUGGUCCGAACCGAGGGCCCGCGGAGUCUGUACAACGGGCUUGUGGCCGGUCUGCAGAGACAGAUGAGUUUCGCCUCUGUUCGGAUCGGACUCUACGACACCAUGAAACAGUUCUACACCAGGGGAUCUGAGAAUGCCAGCAUCGUCGCUCGGCUGAUGGCGGGUUGCACGACGGGGGCGAUGGCAGUGGCGUUCGCUCAGCCCACUGACGUGGUGAAGGUGCGUUUCCAGGCCCAGGCGCGGCUCCCCGACGGGAUUAAACGGUACAAUGGCACCAUGGAUGCGUACCGGACCAUCGCUCGCGAUGAGGGAGUCAGGGGUCUGUGGAAAGGCUGCAUGCCCAACAUCACGCGUAACGCCAUUGUCAACUGUGCCGAGCUCGUCACGUAUGACAUCAUAAAGGAGCUUAUUUUGAAAUAUGACCUCAUGACAGAUAACCUGCCCUGUCACUUCACGGCCGCGUUCGGCGCCGGGUUCUGUACCACCAUCGUGGCGUCUCCGGUGGACGUUGUGAAGACGCGUUUCAUGAAUUCCACUGCUUGCCAGUACAGCAGCGCUAUGAACUGUGCUGUAACCAUGCUGACCAAAGAGGGGCCAACAGCCUUCUAUAAAGGGUUCAUGCCCUCUUUCCUAAGGCUGGGAUCCUGGAACAUAGUCAUGUUUGUCUCCUACGAACAAAUCAAGAGAGCUAUGACAAGAGCUCAACAAUCAUGGGAAUCGCCUUUCUGA